CAGCUAUGUUGCCUUCCAAUUGGUUUCGGUUGAUCGCCGCCGGGCCGGCGCUGCAGUUGUCCCAACACUUGCUCCAUCCGACGCAUAGGCUCAAACGUAGUAAGUGAAUUUCAUAGAUCAUAAUGAAAGGAUCGCAGAUUCAUUCGUUUGAAUUCUGAUUGAUAAAUAUUUAUUGCUGAUGUAUGCGGAUUAAGGAUUUAUUGCGAGAUACAUUCUCGUCAUAGUUGAUGAAUGGUUGGUUCGUUUAUCGAUUCGAUUGAACCUAUGUAUGUAAUUCUCUGUAAGUAACUUUGAAUGGGCACAUCUUGUAGUUGGAAUUAGUUGCAAGAUUUGCUCUUCUUUUAUGCUGGUAGUUUGGCAAUGGAACCGAGAGCGCCGUCAAAAUUCAAAUUUCCAGUGAGUCAGGCCCUUUUAUUCAUUCUUUUAUUACCGUCAGUCAGUGCGCAUGUUGUUUCAAGAUCAUCGAAGACUCAAUACAUGCCGAGAAGAUCUUUUUUUACUGUGGUAGUGGAUUGUGGUAGUACGGGCACUCGGCUAACUGUGUAUGAGUGGAUCAUAAAAGGUGAUCUAAGUGACGGCGGCUGGCCUGUUAUGAUUAAUUCUUUUCCUGACAAUUACAGUAAUAAUAGUCAUUGGAGUAAAGAUGGUUGUCGGUAUCACUGCUUGCAAACGGAACCUGGCCUAGACAAAUUUGUUGGCAAUUCAUCUGGAGUCAGAGUGUCGCUGGAGCCGCUGAUUGAAUGGGCAGAACAGUGGGUACCUCCCGAAAGGCAUGGCGAUACUCCUAUUUUUGUUUUAGCUACUGCUGGGCUGAGGAGGUUAUCAAGGGAGGAUGCUAGGCGGGUUUUGGAGGAUGUGGAGGCUAUUGUUAAGGAACAUUCAUUUGUGUACAGAAAAAGUUGGAUAAGGAUUUUGAGUGGCAAAGAAGAAGCUUAUUAUGGUUGGGUUGCUCUUAAUUAUAAAUUAGGCAGCUUUAACAAGUUCACCAAGUUGCCUACUUUGGGAGUUCUAGAUUUAGGAGGUUCAUCCUUACAAGUAGUAGCAGAAGUAGAUGAAUCCAAAGAUGAUGAACACUUUCUGAGAUCAAAAGUUGGAUUUGUUGAACAUCAGAUUUUAGCUUACUCAUUGCCCGCAUUUGGUUUGAAUGAGGCAUUUGAUAGGUCAGUUGUUAUGCUUAGUCAUUCAGAUGCACUCAGAGAAAGUGUUGGUGGUACAUUUGAAGUCAGUCAUCCUUGUUUGGGUUCCAGUUUUGUGCAAAAUUAUACUUGCAGUGGUUGCUUUGUUCCUACUUCUACUGAUCUGGGAGGUUCACAUAGUCAACUGCAGAGAAAUAAAUUAGAUUCAGUACUUCUAGUCGGAGAUCCAAAUUGGGAGCAGUGCAAAGUUCUUGCAAGGGCUGCUGCAAUCAAUUCAAGCAGUUAUGAUUGGCAAUGGCUAACAGAAAGUUCAAUGUGCAAAACUGGCUGGGCUUCUUCAAAUGGCAGUGAGAUGCUUAAUUUGGCAGUGACUACCCAUCCUGUUGCACGUUUUCACGCUUUAUCUGGAUUUUAUGCUGUUUACACUAUGCUAAAUUUGGAGUCAAGGGCAAAUUUGACGAAGAUUUGGGAGAAGGGGCAACAGAUAUGUUCAAAAUCAUGGCAUGAGUUGAACAGUAUUUCUGGAAACCAAAAGUAUGCUGCACAAUAUUGUUUUCAGGUUCCCUAUUUGGCAUCGUUGAUUGAGGAUUCUCUUUGUCUCAGUGACAAGGAGAUCAUUUUUGGACCAGGAGAUGUUUCUUGGACAAUGGGAGCUGCAUUGGUAGAAGGGGAGUUGUUGUGGCGUAGUUCUUCCAGAGAUGAGACUAGCAUUUUAACUCGAACGAAUACUGGGGUAAUCUCUAAGUCCAUUUUUUUGUUGUUUGUUCUUGUAUGCCUACUGUUCAUUGUUUAUCAUAGACAAGUCAAGCUCCCUAUGCCCAGCAGGAAGAAAGCAGCUGUUGGGGCAUUAUCUUUGCCAUCUUUUGUUCCUUCAAAUCUCCGUCCUAACUAAUUUUUGUGCCAGCUUGUAGUCAGUCUAAGCUGCUUGUACAACCAAGAUACAGCAUCUUUCUCAACACUGAAAAACACAUUCCUAAAACUUGGCUUUGCUGCAGAGGCAGUGCAAGAAGGGUAGUAAUUUGUGUCGGCAUUGUGCACUUAGUGAUUCAUAUAUAAUUAUUAUUACGUAUUGUGUUGAUUGCGGAAAGGAUUAUGCCGUAUAGUUGCACUGUUUUGCAAAUUCUGAAAACUCAUUUUCCA